AUGGUUGACGAUUACAAGAAAACACUUAAAGUUACUUGGUUAACAGAUCCACAAAAUUCUCAUCCACCAUUAAUUCCAGUCAGUUGUCUAACAUAUGAUAAUCUUUUAAAUAAAGCAAUUUUAAGCAAAGAUGAUGAUUUUAAACUAUAUGUUAAUAAAUAUUCGAAACAAGAACAAUGUCUACUUGGUGAUCCUGAUAUGCGUCAUAUUAAAAAAGGUGAUAUAAUACAGAUUCAACGUCGUGGUUUCUACAUUUGUGAUGCACCCUAUGAAUCAGUUUGUUUAGCUACUGGCCACGAAUCUCCCUGUGUUUUAAUUAACAUUCCGGAUGGUUCUUCUAAAGAUGAUACUGCUGUUACCAAGUCUGAAACUGUGUCAUCUGCAAAAUCAGGAUCUGUCAAAACCAAUAAAGUUGUCAAACUAGAUAAUCUGACACCGGAAGAAGCAGCUAAAGCAGCUGAACUACAACGUCGAAAAGAAGAAAAGAAAGAGGCAAGAAAAGAGGGCAAGCUAAAAGCUAAACAACAACAAAAAACAUUAGAAAAUGAAUCAAAAACAACCGCAACUAACGAUGAAAAUACGGCCAAUAAUAGUAAAUCAAUUCCUGACAAGUUGACAAAUGCAGAGCAAUUCAAUCACAUUGAUUCAACGAAAUGCGAACAAUCGAAGUUAGAAGCUUCAAAAGUGGUCAAAUCUGAAAAGGAAAAAGAGCUUUUAUCGAAAAAAUCUGGAACUAAAAAACAAUCUAAAUUAGCUCUCGAAGCAUCAAGAGAAACUCACUUCUCUGAUUGGUAUUCCGAACUAAUUGUAAAAUCUGAAUUACUAGACUAUUAUGAUAUCAGUGGAUGUUAUGUUAUUCGUCCAUGGGCUUAUCAUAUAUGGCAGUCCAUUCAACGGUUUAUGGAUGAAAAACUCGAAGUGAUGGGCGUAGAAAAUGCUUAUUUCCCAAUGUUUGUCUCAAAAUCAGCAUUAGAAUGUGAAAAAAAGCAUAUUGCUGAUUUCGCACCUGAAGUUGCUUGGGUGACAAAAUCAGGUAAUACAGAUCUAAUGGAGCCAAUUGCUAUUCGACCAACUAGUGAAACAGUAAUGUAUCCAACAUUUGCUAAAUGGAUUCAAUCUCAUCGAGAUUUACCACUUCGUAUUAAUCAGUGGAGUAAUGUUGUCCGAUGGGAAUUUAAGCACCCACAACCUUUUCUACGUACACGUGAAUUCCUCUGGCAAGAAGGACAUACUGCUUUUGCAGACAAAGCCGAUGCAGAAGCUGAAGUCCGCCAAAUAUUGGACCUAUAUGCUGAAGUUUAUGAAUAUCUGCUUGCAGUUCCUGUGGUCAAAGGGCGUAAAACUGAUCAUGAAAAAUUCCCUGGUGGAGAUUAUACAACAACUGUCGAGAUAUAUAUUGAUGGUAAUGGACGUGCAAUUCAAGGUGCUACAUCACAUCAUUUAGGUCAAAAUUUUAGUCAUAUGUUCAAUGUUACAUAUGAUCAUCCAGUAACUGGAAAGCCGGCUUAUGUUUAUCAAAAUUCAUGGGGAUUAACUACUCGUACACUAGGUGUUGUAGUUAUGGUACAUAGUGAUGACAAAGGUCUUGUACUGCCACCGAGAGUUGCACCAUAUCAGCAUGUAUUGAAUGUCAUUGUUGAGCCUGGUGCACCAGCUAUGGGCGCAAAAAGUUUAUGCAUCCCAUUCGCUUGUGAUUUCAAUCCAACUUUGGUAUGUGGUAGUCCACUGCCUGAUACACCAUGUUUCAAUCGUCCACAUUGUUCACGUAAAGCAAUGUAUUAUACAUUGUUUGGCAGAAGUUAUUAAGAAGAACUCUCAUAAUUUGUUUGUGUGUAUAAUGUAAAAUAAGAACCAAUUUUUAUUUACAAUGAAAAGCAAUGAUUUUUUUUGUUUUUAUCUUGACAAAUAAAGUCAUUUUGGAUCUCAAUA